AAAUGAAUGAGUCUUUUGGGUUAUUACUGCCUAUGAGUUGUUCAAAGCUUUUAAGCAAAGUUAGUUUUUGCAGUUUUUUAAGAAUAUUCCAGGCGUCAACGAAUAUUCCGAAAACAUGGAUGUAGAAAAAGUUGCUGUAUUUGCUAGUGUAGGAUUCGCAAUUGCCGUUGCAGCAUUCGUUUUAUGGGGACCUUCUCCUAAACCUAGAAAAAAAGGAAAAGUCAUUGGAAUCAAUAAUCUAGGAUAUACUUGCUUUUUGAAUUCUCUUUUACAAGCUUUAGCUGCAUGUCCAAUUUUUAUUGGAUGGUUAAAGAAACAACAUGAGAAAAGUGGAAAUAUUAAUUUCAUUUCGACUCUACUCUCUGUUUUUGAAAAAGUGAAUGGAUAUACAGGGGAUUUAUAUGGUGAUGUAACACCAAUUGAAAUAAUUUCAUCAUUAGGAAGCCAAUGGAGAUUUACACCUGGCCACCAAGAUGUGCAUGAACUAUUUCAUAUUGUUCUUAGUGCAUUACAGGCAGAAAUUCAACCUAGUAAUAGGAAAUGUUGCCUGUCUGAUGCUUUACCACAAAGUUCAACAAUAGUAACAGAUACAAAAAAAUUGGGUGAUCCCUUAACAUUUAGAAGUGUGUCUUGUAAUGAUAUUGUAUCAGCUAACAAAAAUCCUAACAUUCCAAAUGGUUUUGAUAGAAAUUGCAAUAAUCAUGUAAUAUCUUCAAUGGCAUCCAUAACAAGUAUUCCUAUGGUGUACAAUAAGCCAGGUAUGAUCCUUGCUAGAUCUUCAGAAGUACUUUCAAAAAAUGUUGAUGUUGGAGAGAAUAAAGAAUCUUUCAAACCAUGGAGCUCUUUAUGUGCUAUGCCAUUUUCUAAUGCUCCAUCGAUAUCAGUGGAAGUGCAUCCAUUUUCAGGCUUAUUAACUAGUCAAUUACAAUGCAAUUGCUGUAAAUGGAAGUCUGCUGUUCGUUAUGAUAAACUUGAAACAAUUUCUCUGCCUCUGCCUCCUCUGGGUUCAUAUAUUAAAUCUCAUCAUACAUUGGAAGAACUUCUAACACGUUUUGUAACCAGUGAGAUUGUUCAGGAUGUAUUAUGCGAUGGAUGCGGAAUGCGUUGUUUAGCUAUGAAAACCUUAACUCUAGGCAAACUUCCAAAAUGUUUAUGUUUACACAUAUCAAGAACUACAUGGAGCUCUUCAGGGAUACCAAUUAAGAGAGAUGAUCCAGUUAAAUUUCCAGAAAUUUUAACAUUGGAUCCUUACACUUUUACAGAAACAAGAAAGCGAAAUGCACGGGGAGAUCCUGAAGCAACGAUGUUGCUUACUAAUCGAACAACACUACAAGAUAAACACACGUAUAAAUUGCGUGCGAUUGUGGAACAUCGUGGACCUGUUGAUUCUGGACAUUUUGUUUGCUAUAGACGAGGAAAUAAAAUCAAUCAGUGGUUGUAUACUUCGGAUAACGUAGUUGAAAAUGUAUCCUUGAUUGAGGUUUUAUGUGUCACGCCAUAUCUUUUAUUUUAUGAACGUAUUAAUGUCACAUAA